GGGGACCAAUAAGCACAUGGACUGGAAACUGGAAGGGAGUGCUUGGGGGACAGAGUCACACGUGCUGCCGGGCCAAGAAGGCAUCCACGAGGAUGCAGGUGAAGAAGGCGUCUCCGAAAGCUUCCAGCUGCUUCAGAUUGACGUGGAAUGUGAGAGCCCAGUGAGGGGAGCCCUGCCCACAGGCGCUGCCUCCUGGUGCUCGAAAAAUGUGCAGAGAAAACAGAAACACUGGGAGAAGAUCAUCGCCUCAAAGAGGAGCAAAAGAAAGCAGGAAAGAGAAAGACGGAAAGCCGGCCGUGCAGCAGACACAGGCAUCUGCCCCCAGCACAGCAAACGCUUUCUGAGAGCCUUAACCAGAGAGAGACUUCUGGAAGCCAGACAUUCAGGACCAAGACUCUGUAUCGACUUGAGUAUGACCAACCACAUGUCUAAGAAGGAAUUAAGUAGACUGGCAGGACAGAUCCGAAGGUUGUAUGGCUCAAAUAAAAAGGCUGACAAGCCAUUUUGGAUCUGCCUCUCUGGAUUCACGACAGACAGUCCCCUGUAUGAAGAGUGUGUGAGGAUGAACGAUGGAUUCUCUAGUUAUGUGCUAGACACAACAGAAGAAGACUGCUUUACUUUAUUUCCUCUGGAAACCCUAGUGUACCUGACUCCUGACUCUGAACACGCUCUUGAAGACGUGGAUCUAAACAAAGUUUACGUUCUGGGUGGACUUGUGGAUGAAAGCGUCCAGAAGAAGGUGACAUUUCGAAAGGCCCAAGAACACGCUGUCCAGACUGCCCGCUUGCCAAUCCAGGAAUACAUGGUCAGACGCCAGAAUGGGAGAAACUACCAUUCAGAGAUCCUGACCAUCAAUCAAGUAUUUGAUAUCCUGUCCACUUACUUUGAGACUCACAACUGGCCAGAAGCACUGAAGAAAGGGGUAUGCUCCAGAAAAGGCUAUGCUCUUCCGAAUCCAGGGGCGUGA